CUCAGAGCUGAAGUCUGAACUCCACCUUCAGGCAGAAUGAGGUUCAUCCCCGGAUGUCUGCUUCUCCUGCUGCUGGUCAGCAGCCUCUCUCCAGCCCACGGUGUUCUGGAGACCUUGAACACGUCCUCUAAGUGUAGAUGCAUGAAAUCGGUUUCAUCCCUAAAGAGGCGCAACAUGAUUUCCCAGCUUGCAGCCUAUGCGCCUGGGGAUGGUUGCCCACACAUGGAAGUCAUAGUCUGGUUGAAGAAUAGGUCGGUUCUAUGCUUGAAUCCUAAAUCCAAGUGGACACAAAAUCUGUUGGUAGAUUUACAGAGAUCCCAAGAGAAAGGGGGUCCGCAUACUAAACACAAGAAGCCCUGAUGCCAAUAUCCCAGCAAGGACACCUGCAUCCCUCCUCAUUCCUGCUCUGGGUUCAGUUUUAUGAUCAGUUGAAUCUUUUUUAAAUUUUUAUUUUAAAGAGCUUCCCCAUACAAGCAAGCAUGAAAAUACAUGUAAAAGUCACCCUUUGGAGGCUGAAAUGGCAAACUUAAACUUUUUGAAUAAAGAAGCCGACAUACAUGGAGUUUGCAUUCUUACUCAUCAGGGAGGAAAGUUCCAUUUAAGUGUCUUUUACUAAUAUCCCUAUUGUUGAAUGCUAAAUUUUCCUAGAAAAAUAAAGGAAUUGAAAUUUAAACCUCAGACCUGAACAUCUGGCUUGAAGUGAGGGAGUGCUUUUCAAUCAUUUUGUGCCCAAGGAAAAGCAGGCUUCCAUAAGAGACUGUAAAAGCUGCCUGGGAAACCCACAAAACCAGCCUGGCAAAGGACAGGGGGUCCACAUAGUAGACAGCUUCCAUUCAAAAGUUCACUAGUAAGAGGAAUGGGGUCUUUUUCCUACUUUUAAUGAGUUCCCUUAUAGGAGUUACCAUCACAGAUAAAAACUAGUAACAUUCAAAGAUCCCCAAGACCUAAAUUCAUAGCAUAUUCUGGAAAGGCAUUUAUAGGGUGAUAUUUAGAUGUAUUCUUUUAUAUGUUUGCUUUGACAAAUGUUUUUACUCCCAUCUUUUGCACCGAAAUGUUGUUGUUGGUCUCUGGUAUUCAAUUCUAUAAUGCUUCUUAUUAGUCUAAUGCUAUUCAAUAAACUUGA